AGUUCUAUCGUACUGCGAAGUGAUAACAAGAUUUUAAUGUUUUUAAAUUUAGUAUGUUAGUAAAGUUUUUGCUCUAGUACUUUUUAUUAUUUCCAGUUUAAUUAUGUUAGAUCAAGUAAAACGCGUGCUAUUAGUGCUUUCCGGCAAAGGUGGCGUCGGUAAAUCAACAGUGAGCACGCAGUUGGCACUAACUCUGAAAGAAAGAGGUUACAAGGUUGGUUUAUUAGACAUAGAUUUAUGUGGCCCAAGCGUACCUUACAUUUUGAAUCUCGAAGGCCAUGAUGUCCACCAGAGCGCUGAAGGUUGGGUACCAGUUUACAUGGACAGUGAACAGAGGCUCGGUGUCCUAUCGAUUGGAUUCCUACUAACAUCUCGUAAUGAUUCUGUUGUAUUAAGGGGACCAAAAAAGACUUCCAUAAUCAAACAGUUCCUAGAAGAUGUUUAUUGGCAAGAGCUAGACUUUUUGGUUAUAGAUACACCUCCAGGAACAUCUGAUGAACACAUAACUGUUAUGGAGAAUCUUCGUCAAGUACCACAAUGUUCUGCCAUACUAGUGACCACACCACAAGAAGUGGCAAUAGAAGACGUACGCAAAGAAAUUACAUUCUGUAGAAAAACUGGCAUUCCUAUAAUGGGUCUUAUAGAAAAUAUGAGUGGGUAUGAAUGUCCAAACUGCAGUGAAUGCACUAAUAUAUUCUCUACUGGAGGAGGCCAAUCUUUGGCAGAAUAUGCGAAAAUUCCAUUCCUGGGCAGUGUACCCAUUGAUCCUAGAGUUGGUAGAUUAGCUGGUCAAGGUCUCUGUGCUGUUAAAGAACUUCCAGACUCGAAAACCAGCAAAGUAUUUGGGGAAUUAGUAACUCUAUUGGGGGAGAAUUCAAAUGGCGUAAACUGAAAACUGAAAAUGUUAGUAAGAAUAUUUUAUGUUUAAAUAUCAACAAAUGGAAAGUGGAUCGUGAAGAACAAGUAUAAAAUAAAGUAAAAAAUCCAUUCUAAGAAAUGUUGACCUAAAACUAUUGAGAGCAUAUAGGAACUUGCACGAUGAUACUACAUCAAAAAGCAUACAUCUGUGUGCUUAGUGCGAGUUUUUUAACGUUCUCGAUAGCGUAAGAGUUAACUCAAAUUUUUAUGCAUUGAAACAGUGCCAAUCUUCACUUCAUAAAAAUAUAGCUUGUUCUUUCUUACUGUCUGUUUAAAGUAAAUCCAACAGAUUACUUUUACGUCAUAUUUGGGGACUGUAACGUUAUUGCUUAUAAUAAUCCUGGAAUUUUAUAUUUAAGAUUAACAAAAAUAAAAUUUUGUUACGCGACAAAUUAUAAAAAUGUUAUGAGAUAAAUAGAGAGAUGGUAGAUACGUGUUACUUGUGUAAUCCUUAGUAAUUAUAAAAAAAUU